CAUUGUUGAGAUACUACUAAAUCUCACUUAAUUUUCCUUAGGAUUCUCCAAGUCUCUUCGAUGGCUUGUUGCAAAUGGUAAGUACGAGGAGGCAAAACAAUGGAUUAAACAAGCAGCCAAGUGGAACAAAAUAGAUCCUUCCACUAUAAUAGACGAGUUCGACUCUGAAUUACAGAGAAGUGAACUACAGGUGCUUGUAGAUGUCAGUGAACCCGAUACAAACUGUGAACAGACAGGGAAAAGGAGAAAGGAGAAGUUGUCAAUUUUGGAUAUUUUCAGACACAAACACAUUCUGGUGACGUCCGUAAUAGUUUGGAUAAUAUGGUUUGUAAACAGUAUCACGUAUUAUGGACUAUUUCUGAUCUCCGGCACUAUGAGUGGAAACAUGUAUCUUAAUUUCUUUUUAAAUGGAAUGGUUGAGCUACCAGGCAUUUUUCUGUAUUUGUUUACGAUCAACAGAUAUGGUAGGAAGAAGACCUGUGUCAUGUUUCAUGCCAUCGCUGGGAUUAGUCUGAGCAUGACUGCUGUCCUUAACUUCACUGCAGGUACACCAGCGUUGAAGGGGUUUGCCUCGGCCCUGAGCUUUGCUGGAAAAUUCGGAAUAUCUGGUUCAUUCAUGACAAUUUUUCUAUACACACCAGAAAUAUAUCCUACAAAUUUAAGAGCUUUAGGUAUGGGCCUGGCAUCUGCUGCGUCUAGAAUAGGAGGAAUGAUCUCCCCAUAUGCAGCCAUGUUUGGUGCCUAUAUCCCAUGGGGUCCAGGUGUUGUGUUCGGCUCUCUGUCACUCGGGGUAACAGUUUUGUUUCUAUGGUUACCCGAAACAACUGGGAAAGAGCUGCCAGAUACUCUUGAAGAAGCCAAGAAUUUCUAUGUACUGAAGGACAACAAGAAAAAGACCAAAAUGAAUUCUUAAAAUGGAGAUUUCUAGCAAAAACGGACAAAACACUCCAUAUUUCUAAUUGUAACUUACAACAUAGUACACAUUAUGAAGGAGAAACAUGGGCUUCACUCUGUAUUUAACUUUUACAAAUAAAACAUCAUUUUAUA